GCAGCGCCGCUCCCCGCGCACGGCGAGAAAACCCCCCGCUCCCCAACUGGCAGAGGCCACCGCCUUUCCAAAUUCCAACUCCAAGCCCCGGGCAAAAAUUUCCAUCCGCGCGGAGUGCCAUAUCCGCGGCGUACGGCGUCGCCGCUCUCGAUCAAGCCCCCAGCGCCGCGCCGCUCCCGCUCCGUCUUCCGCUCCCCUCGCCCUCUCCAUCUCCGUUGCUUGGUUCCGCAGGCAGGAUCCCGUGCUCCCGAGGAAGAUGAGGAUUAGGUCUCGAUGAGCUUUGGUUGGAGGCCGAGAGCAGAGCGACGAGGAGGCGGGACGCCAGGUGGCCAGCACAGCAACGGACGACGGCGGCGCGGGCCUGAGACGAACCGAAGGCGGCACACGCGCUGUGCUCGCUUGGGGCAGAGUGAGGAGCGGUGGGGGACGCUCGCUUGGGCCGCCGGCGAGCGUGGCGACGACCGGGGAUGCGAGUCAGGCAGAAGGAAGAAGAGGUGCGCAAGCGACGGCCGGCGUCAGGCGGAGCUCCGAGUAUCGGCGGCGGAGGAUUGGAAGGCGGUGCGGAAGUUUUAGAAAAAUACCCCUGCAAUUUGUUAAAUACCCCCUAAUUCAGAUCGCGAUCAAUGGCCACGAUCCAAAUAUUUACAAAAUACUCCUACCAUUUGCACUGUAAUUUGGAUCGCGAAUAUUUGCGGCGCGCCAUGUCGAUGUCCGUCUGCAGCUGCCUCUCCAACUGCCCCUUGGACGAUGAGGCUGGCCUGUGCACCGGCGGCUUGGCCGCCCGUCUACGCCGCUCCUGGAGACGGAUACUUGAAAGGAACAGUUCUCGAUCAUCGGUUCGUUCUGGCCUGGAGUGCGGGAGAUUUGGGGCGGGGCUAAUUUGGUGGCGAACUGGCGGCUAGAGUUGCAAAUUCUGUUAGUCAAACCAGUUAAAAAAAAGUCUGGUAGUAAAGUUGAAAUCUGUCCAUCUUUUCGUUAAUUCCAGAGUAUAAAAGAGGAGAACACGAAUUUGAGCAAUUGCUAGUUCUUUUUUGUUGGUAUAUGCGGAGGAUUUAUGCAGGCUAUUGCUUUAUUGCCCUCCAUGGUUCCGUGGUUUACUUGUGCUCUGCAUUUGCUGAUGCCGAAUCUUGAUUCCCAGACCGCAUUGAUUUACAACUUCUUGUUCUCUGUGCUGCAGUAAACAAGAAAUGGAAUUAGAGGAAUGUGAGAGCUUGUUGCUGGAUAGGGUCCGGCUGCUUCAUCCAUGGAAUCCCGAGGGGAUCGUUGCCCACAUCAUCUCUUCCAAAACACCUGCAGAGAUCAGACAACUACUUGCCUUAGAUGACAAAAUAGCUCCCCUGAUUGUUGAGGCGGCAAAACAAUUCCCACAGCUACCACCAUUGCAGCCACCUAAAGAGCGAGAUGGCUUACAACCAUUCCCCCACUUGCGCCCUCAGUUUCAUCCAGUCGACAGUUUUCAAGGAAUUCAGGCUCCAUUUCACUGGACCUAUUCAUGGCCUCAGUUUCAUCCGAGGGGAAUUUCUCAUGAAUUUCAGGCUCCGUUCCCCUUUCUCCAUUUGCAGCCUCAGUUUCACUCAACUGGCAUUUCUCAUGAAUUUCUGGCUCCAUUCCCCUUGCCCCAUUCACAGCCUCAGUUUUGCCUCAAUGACAUUUAUCAUGAGUUUCAGGCUCCAUUACCGCUCAAUGUUCAAAUUGGACCAUUGCACCCUGGGCUGCCUCAGUUACAUCCAAGCGGCAGUUUUCAUGGAAUGCAUGCUCCAUUCGCCCCCAUUGCUCCUACUGGAUCUUUGCAGAGCCCAUCUCCUGAAUUCACUGGCUCGCGGGAGCUCAUAUUGGAGAAGGAGAUAAGAGAACUCCUGUUUUUGCUGCGACCACCAAGUCUCCCAAUCGAGUCUCUUGCAAAUAUGUACAUUGACAGGUAUGGGAAGCCUCUGCGGAUUGAGAGAUUCCUCGAGGAGGACCAUCAGCAUGGAAAGUUUGGUUGUAGCCUAACAGAUCUGCUCAUGCGACUUAACACCACCAGAGUCCUCGAGAGUUUCAACCUCAGAAAGGAUCAACAUUAUAUUGUCCCAGUGGAAGAUGCUCCUAAGUACUUGGCUCAUGGUUUCAAAUUGGCCAUGCCUCCUGCUACCAGUGAUCCUAACAAGAUUUAUGUUACUUUCUUGCUUGGAAGCAAAUUCACUAAUGAUGACGUUCGCAACUACUUCAGUCAGUAUGGUACUGUCAAUGAUGUGAAAAUCCCACCUCAAGGAAGGCGCAGGUAUGGUUUUGUAAGCUUCCAGGACCCCGGAACGGCAAAACAGAUCUUAUCAGAAAGGAUGCCUUAUAUCAUCUGUGGAGAUCAAGUUCGCGUCACAGAGUACAGGGACAAACAUGAACUAGAGAGAGCUGCGUGCCAUUUCAUGAAGAGAGAAAAACCACAUUGUAUUGUCCCGGUGGAAGACCCUCCUAAGUACUUGGCUCAUAGCUCCAAAUUGGGGGUGCCUUCUGCUAGAAGUGAUCCUAACCAGAUUUAUGUUGUUUUCUUACCUGAAAGCAAAUUCACUGAAGAAGAUGUUCUGAACUACUUCAGUCAGUAUGGUACUGUCAAUAAUGUGCGAAUUCCACCUCAAGGAAGGCGCAUGUAUGGCUAUGUGAGCUUCCAAGACCCUGGGACGGCAGAACGGAUCUUAUCAGAAAGCACCCCUCAUUUCAUCUGUGGAGAUCAAGUACAUGUCAAAGCGUACAAGGAAAAACGUGAACUGCAAUUUCCGCAGCAUCAUGGUUCCAAAUUGGUGAUGCCUUCUGCAAUAAAUGGUUCUAACCAGAUUUUUAUUACCUUCAACCCUGAAAGUACAUUCACCGAAAAUGAUGCUUGGAAUUACUUCAGCCACUAUGGCCCUGUCAAUAAUGUGCGAAUUCCACUUCAGAAGAAACGCAUGUUUGGUUAUGUAAGUUUCAAGUACCCCGAGGCGGUAAAACAAAUCUUAUCAGAAAGAUGUUCAAGGACCUCUCACUUCAUCUGUGGAGAUCAUGUUUUCGUCGAACCUUACAAUGAAAAACAUGGAUCAGAGACUUUAGCUCUGGAAGAUGCCCAUUCUAUACCCGGUCCACACGGGGUUUCAGAUGUUAGUGUUAUUCACAAGAAUCAUACAGGAGAACAGUUAUCAAGUGACCAUGACAUAUUUGGGAAGAAGCUGAAUAGAGGGUGUGAUCAAGGAACUGUUACUGAAAAGAGCAGUACUAAUGUUGCGCCAGUCAUGGUUUCACCACCAACGCACAACCUGUCUGUUCAGUCUGUUAGUGAGGCAAGUCUUUCACAAGGUGACAAUGCCACCGAAUCAUCACAUGUGUCAAAUCGUUUGGAUGAGACAUCAACAGAUCAAGAUAGUCUAUUUUGCAGGGAUGACUUGAGGCUUCCAGAAACCCUUGAUGAUGUUUACUGAUAUGAGGAACCAAAUCUGCAUGUACUCGGAGCAAACUGGAAGCGCUCUGGUCGGUGACUUUACUGUAUAUGGUAGAUUAGAUAUUUAGAUAUAAGUUCUUCUGAUGCAGUUCGGUGUGCAUUCAACAACUGGACAGGACUAGAUGAUUUUGUUAGUUGAGUCGAGUCAUAAAAAAGCUGUUAUGACCUGCUAUGUAUCUAGAGAUAUAUGGUUGGAAAGGCGUACAUCGGGGCAUAAGUGGAGUAGGUUCAUGUAGAAACAUCCUUGUGAAGUGAGACUGUAGCCGUGCAAUCUAGUCCAAGAAGAUGCAUGGGAAUGAUACAAUGUUAAAGCCAGUCUAGUUCUGAGAAUCUGAAAAUGGAAUGAACCGUGGAUAGGGCACCUGUUGGUUUGUUUUUGUCGUUCUCCGUUAAA